GCGCACUUGCGUUUGAAACACGGUGUAAGAAAAAUGCGUUGUUGAAACUGGGGUCCCUUGAAACUCAAAAUUUUAAGUGAGCGACGUGAGCGGUUUAACCAACUUGACUUCUACUUACAUGAAAAUAAGCAUGUCACCACGUCAUUGUUGGGCUGUGAACUGUAAAAAUUCUGUGGAUAAAAAUCCAAGUUUACAGUUUUUCAACUUCCCAACAGAUCGAACGCUGUCAAAUCAGUGGUGCGUAAACAGUGGUCGCGGUCACCUGUCUGGGUGUGAUCGUCGAGCUCUGCUUCGGCGUGGAGCUGUCCUAUGCGAAAAACACUUUCGGCAAUCCCAGUUCAUGGCUCCUAGAGAUGGGAAUGGGGUGAACACGCCCAAGCAGCUUCUUUGGAACGCCAUUCCAACACUCUUCCCGUUGCCCCUGAAGCCCGAGGACAACGUUUCAGAGAUCGCCGAGUCGCGUACGGCUCUCCAGAAACAAAGCAAGCCGCCAUCCCAAGAAGCUGGAAGUGGUGUUGAGGAAAACUUAAAUGUAAAUCCUGGAGGAAGAGUAAAUGUGGAAGACUACGAAAUGGCUGCUCUGCCUACAUUUGGGAGAGAAAGGCUCCUGGCCAUUGCCAAGAAGCAGUGGCAUGAGAUAAAGCGCCUCCGAGUGAAUGUGCGCAACUUAGAGCGAGGGCUGGCCUCGAAUCUUGUCCUGGAUGAGACUUAUUUGCUUGACUUGCUUCAGCGCAACCUUGAUGGCCAGCUACUUGAUCGUGUGGUUGACAUAAUUGUUGGAGACGUUGAUGAUGACCAUUGUCCUGCAGCUGUAAACACAUGAGAUGUGCAGUAUCUGAUAGUUUAUUUUUAUUGAACUUGUAUGUAGCAAGAUUUGAAGGCAGAUUUUAUACUUGUAAUGUUUAGAUUGUAUGCCCUGCUUUCUAGUGCUGCUUUUAUAAUGCAUACUGUCCUCAGACAGCUACUUGAUCCAAAAGUCCACUGGUCGAGUUUGUACAGUUUAUGUGAUCUCUGUCCUGUCCUACUCUAACCUAAUCAUUUAGGCUUCUGCUGUUAUCUGUGAAAUUGCAAUAAAGCUUGGUCGAUAA